AUGGCGGGGGCGCCGCGCGGCCCAGGCGGCGGCGGAGGCGGCGGCGGAGGCGGCGGGGGCGAGCCCGGGGGCGCCGAGCGGGCGGCCGGGCCGGGCGGCCGGCGCGGGCUCCGGGCGUGCGGCGAGGAGUUCGCGUGCCCGGAGCUGGAGGCGCUGUUCCGCGGGUACACGCUGCGGCUGGAGCAGGCGGCCACGCUGAAGGCGCUGGCGGUGCUCAGCCUGCUGGCGGGCGCGCUGGCGCUGGCCGAGCUGCUGGGCGCGUCGGGGCCGGCGCCCGGCCUGGCCAAGGGCUCGCACCCGGUGCACUGCGUCCUGUUCCUGGCGCUGCUCGUGGUCACCAACGUCCGCUCCCUGCAGGUGCCGCAGCUGCAGCAGGUCGGGCAGCUGGCGCUGUUCUUCAGCCUCACCUUCGCGCUGCUCUGCUGUCCCUUCGCGCUGGGCGGCCCCGCCAGGGGCUCGGCGGGAGCCUUGGCCGGCGCGGCGGUCGCCGAGCAGGGCGUCUGGCAACUCCUCCUGGUCACCUUCGUGUCCUAUGCCUUGCUGCCCGUGCGCAGCCUACUGGCCGUCAGCUUCGGGCUUGUGGUGGCUGCCUCGCACCUACUGGUCACGGCCACCUUGUUCCCUGCCAAGCGCCCACGCCUCUGGAGGACGCUCGGUGCCAACGCCCUUCUCUUUGUGGGUGUGAACAUGUACGGCGUCUUCGUGCGGAUCCUGACAGAGCGCUCGCAGAGGAAGGCCUUCCUGCAGGCCCGGAGCUGCAUUGAAGACCGGCUGAAGCUGGAGGAUGAGAACGAGAAGCAGGAGCGGCUGCUCAUGAGUCUCUUGCCCCGGAAUGUUGCCAUGGAGAUGAAAGAAGACUUUCUGAAGCCCCCUGAGAGAAUCUUCCACAAGAUUUACAUCCAGAGGCAUGACAAUGUGAGCAUCUUGUUUGCAGACAUCGUGGGCUUCACAGGCCUGGCAUCCCAGUGCACGGCUCAGGAGCUGGUGAAACUGCUUAAUGAGCUCUUUGGCAAGUUCGACGAGUUAGCCACGGAGAACCACUGUCGCCGCAUCAAGAUCCUUGGGGACUGCUACUACUGUGUGUCGGGUCUCACCCAGCCCAAGACUGACCACGCCCACUGCUGCGUGGAGAUGGGACUUGACAUGAUUGACACCAUCACAUCUGUGGCAGAGGCCACUGAGGUGGACCUGAACAUGCGUGUGGGGCUUCAUACGGGCAGGGUCCUCUGUGGUGUUCUGGGCCUGCGCAAGUGGCAGUAUGAUGUGUGGUCCAAUGAUGUGACCCUGGCCAACGUGAUGGAGGCUGCUGGCCUACCGGGGAAGGUUCACAUUACAAAGACGACCCUCGCCUGCUUGAAUGGAGACUACGAGGUGGAGCCAGGUCACGGACAUGAGAGGAACAGCUUCCUGAAAGCACAUAACAUCGAGACCUUCUUUAUUGUGCCAUCUCAUCGAAGAAAGAUAUUCCCAGGCUUGAUCCUCUCAGAUAUAAAACCAGCCAAGCGGAUGAAGUUCAAGACGGUCUGCUACCUGCUGGUGCAGCUCAUGCACUGCCGGAAGAUGUUCAAGGCUGAGAUCCCCUUCUCCAAUGUCAUGACCUGCGAGGAUGAUGACAAGCGGAGGGCAUUGAGAACGGCUUCAGAAAAACUCAGAAACCGCUCGUCUUUCUCCACAAACGUGGUCUAUACCACUCCGGGAACACGUGUCAACAGGUAUAUCAGCCGCCUCCUAGAAGCCCGCCAAACAGAGCUGGAGAUGGCCGAUCUGAACUUCUUUACCCUGAAGUAUAAACAUAUUGAACGGGAACAAAAGUACCACCAGCUUCAGGAUGAGUACUUCACCAGCGCCGUCGUCCUCGCCCUCAUCCUGGCUGCCUUAUUUGGCCUUGUCUACCUUCUGAUAAUCCCUCAGAGUGUGGCUGUCCUGCUCCUGCUGGUGUUCUCUAUCUGCUUCCUGGUGGCCUGUGUUCUCUACCUGCACAUCACGCGGGUCCAGUGUUUUCCAGGGUGCCUGACAAUACAGAUUCGCACUGUCCUGUGCGUAUUCAUCGUGGUCUUAAUCUACUCAGUAGCCCAAGGAUGCGUGGUCGGCUGCCUGCCCUGGGCCUGGAGCUCUCAGUCCAACAGCUCCCUCGUGGUCCUCGCUGCUGGUGGCCGGCGCACCGUGCUGCCUGCCCUGCCCUGCGAGUCCGCUCACCACGCCCUCCUCUGCUGCCUGGUGGGCACCCUCCCACUAGCCAUAUUCCUGCGGGUGUCCUCCUUGCCAAAGAUGAUCCUGCUGUCCGGGCUCACCACAUCCUACAUCCUUGUUCUGGAGCUCAGUGGCUAUACCAAGGCGGGGGGUGGUGCCCUGUCUGGGCAUAGCUAUGAGCCAAUCAUGGCCAUCCUGCUCUUCUCGUGCACGUUGGCCCUGCAUGCCAGGCAGGUGGAUGUCAGGCUGCGUCUGGACUACCUCUGGGCAGCACAGGCAGAAGAAGAGCGGGAUGACAUGGAGAGAGUGAAGCUGGACAACAAGAGGAUCCUCUUCAACCUCCUGCCAGCCCACGUUGCCCAGCAUUUCCUCAUGUCCAAUCCCAGGAACAUGGACCUGUACUACCAGUCCUACUCGCAGGUGGGCGUGAUGUUCGCCUCCAUCCCCAACUUCAACGACUUCUACAUCGAGCUGGACGGCAACAACAUGGGGGUAGAGUGCCUGCGGCUCCUGAACGAGAUCAUCGCGGACUUUGAUGAGCUCAUGGACAAGGAGUUCUAUAAAGACCUGGAGAAGAUCAAGACCAUUGGGAGUACCUACAUGGCUGCGGUGGGGCUGACGCCCACGGCAGGGGCCCGGGCUAAGAAGUCCAUCUCCUCCCACCUGAGCACGCUGGCUGACUUCGCCAUUGACAUGUUUGAUGUCCUGGACGAAAUCAACUACCAGUCAUAUAACGACUUCGUCCUCCGAGUUGGCAUCAAUGUUGGCCCUGUGGUGGCCGGAGUGAUUGGCGCUCGCAGGCCCCAGUACGACAUCUGGGGAAACACGGUCAACGUGGCCAGUCGGAUGGACAGCACUGGGGUCCAGGGCAGAAUCCAGGUGACUGAGGAGGUCCACCGGCUACUGCGGAGGUGCUCCUACCAGUUUGUGUGCCGAGGCAAAGUCAGCGUCAAGGGCAAGGGGGAGAUGCUAACUUACUUUCUAGAAGGCAGGACUGAUGGACACAGCUCCCACCCCAGGUCUCUUCGCAUGGAGCGGAGGAUGUGUCAUUAUGGGAGAGCUGGAGGCCAGGCCAGGUGGCCCCCUCUGUGCCCUGGGGCUGGACCCCCAGUCAGGGCUGGGCUCCCCCCGGCCCCCAUGGGCCAGUACCUGCCACCUGAAGCAGCAGUGAAGAAAGCCUAGUGAAGCCCGUGGGCCUCUGGAGGUGCAUGUGGGGCAAGAAUGCUCCAGGAUAACACAGGCCACAAUGGCUCCAGCCAAGACCAGCAGAGCAGCAGCGGCCAAGGAGUCAGGCUGAAGAAGGAGCACUGUCCAGGGGUGACCGGAGAGCCAAACAAAGAUGUGUCCAAGACAGUCCCCUGGGGGUGCAGGGAGCCUUGACUUCCCAGCUGACCUGACCAGGUUUGGGCAGUGCUGGCAUUGGCAUUGGGACCUUGGGACUAUCACCAGGGUCAUAGCAAGGGCUAUGGGGAUCCUGCUGGCCGAGCAUGGAGGAGCCCACCAUGACUUGGCCCCUAGUCAGUUUGGCUAUGGUAAGCUGUAGCCUAUGGUGGCUCCAUCCCUGGCCAGCAGCUUUAGGUAUCGGACUGGGGAUUGGCCCUGCUGGGCAGGGUGAUGUGGCUUAAGCUUAAGCUGUUCAUACCAUGUGCACAGUACAGAGCUGGUCAGGUCUCAGGCUGGACAUCAUGGACUGAAUUGGAAAGCUAUCUCUCACUGCAUGAAGAGUGAGGCUGUUGGCUUUCCUCAAGAGCAGGCUGUUGCGAAGAGCCAGAGGCAGGUCUUCUGGAAGCCCCACCUCCAUCUUCUUGGCCUUUGCAUUCUCGCCCAGCUCCACCUUGCCUUCUGGCUUCCAGCUCCCGUGACAGUCGGGCUGUCCUCUUCCUGCGCUGUCACUGUCAUUGCCUGUUCAGAGAAGAGGGGUGGGCACCUUGUCUUGCCCUCUCUGUGGUGUCUUGAAUACUGUACACUUAACAAGAACCAAGACUUCAUUUAUGCAGAGAGUGAUGGACAGCCACACUAACGAGCAAGAGCAAGUUUUCCUGCCGGGAGACGUCACUUCUCUGGCAGAAUUGGUCCUCCUGGUGGGGGUGGAGGGCACUCGAAGUCAGCAGACUGUGUGUCCCUGAGUUCAGAGUGCAGGGAAAGUGGCUGUGGGCCAUCCUGUUGAAACCAGGGACCUCCCACCUGUACUUCAUGAGUGCAGCUAAGGUAAAGACCCUGAUGUGAAGGACAGGUGUCUAGAGAUCUAGAAAUGGCCAGAAAGCUGGCUGGGCCUGGCUCUUGGAGACCUCACUCACACAGGAAGGGAGGCAGCUUGAAAUGGAGUCGCUGGGCAUGAGCCCUCCAUGCCCCAGUCAUGGCAUGGGAGUUCUGGCUCCGUACUGCUCCUCUGGGGCCUGCCCCCUUUGAAGACCAGGGCAGAAUGAAGUUCUGUUUUCCCUAGCAGGGUGAGUGGGUGGUGCCUCUGACUCUGCCCUGGCUUCUGUGUGUGGCCACGCAGGGUCUAGGUGGUUUUGCAGGUCAGCAAGCACCUUUCCCUGGGAGGCUGGUCUCAGGAUAGAGGUAGGUGGGUAAAUAGUUUGUGGCAGGGGAGGCUUGAGGACUGUACGCCGAGUCCCCAAGUACCCAAGGCCAUGGACUGCCAGUGAUGGGUAGGAAUCCAUGCAAUCUCGCUGGGCAGGGCUGUGGUUUUGUCAUGGGAACAGUCCUCUGGCACCUUGUGUAGAGGGACUGUGACCCAUGUGUACCCCACAUUGCUGCCUUGCUGGUACCCUGCUCUGGCCAGGACCCACAGCGAGAGCCACGUGGACCUCACGGUGCCACUGAAAACUUCAGGGGUGGAGUGCAGGCAGCUUUAUUCUCCUUGGGCAGCUUUAUCUGGCUGCCAUGGCCUGGUGUGUUGGCAUCAUUGUGCAGGUGAGUCUAGCUCCCAUGAAGCUGAGGGCGUAGGAGAGGCUCUGGGGAGUAACUGCCAGGGACUGCGUCUGUGGGGAGAUGACAGGCAGCUCCAUCUGAUGACCUAGCGUCCAUCUGAGCCACUAGGAAGCAGACAGCGUGGCUAGGGUGCCCCAGCCCCCCCCCCCAUUUGUGGCCGCCGCCUCCUCUCUGCUCCCACGUUUUCUUCGGGACAAGUGGUUCACCCUUAGGAACCUCUUCCUGUAGGGCUUCCUCAUCUCUGUGUCUGUACUGACCAGGUUGGACGGAGGAUAUUCUGCCCCACAGCUGGGGGAGAGAGUUGCGAGAGGAGCCGAAGGCUAAGAAUGAACCCUAGACCACUCAUGGACUUAUUGUAACCACAGGGUCCUCAGUGAAGCAUAUGGCCCCUCAUAAAGGAAUGGUUCCAGAAGAAGGUUCCAGAGAGAUCUGAAGCAUGCCUGGGACUGUUGUCCUUCUCUGCUUAUGUGAAGAACAGGGUCAUGAGACCACACUGCAGAGGCUGGAUGUGAGGACAGCCCAGCCCAGGCUGGCAAAGAAGCAGGGAUAUUGCUCCCACAACAAGGAGCUUGAAUUGGCAAUAACCUAACUAAACAUCAGGUAGAUUCACCCAGAGCCACCAGGUGGGAGCUGUACGUGACCUGUCAGGCUCCCAGCAGUCAGUGCUGGCAUGCUGUGAUGUGACCUGGCACACAAGGCCCUGAGCCAUCACACAUGAGCGUGCAGUGUCAUGAGAUCACAUGGGUAUGUGACCAAAGUCACUGAAAGUAUGGAUGGAGCAAGCUGAAGCCACCUUAGGGGACUGCGCUGCCUUCUCUGGGGACAGGACUGUUUUGAAGGGAGCCACACAGGAGCCUUGGCGAGCUCUUCACUUCAGGGGCAGACAUCUCCAUCAUCAGCAAUUCCAAGCCUGCCUACUUCCUGUGAGGUCAGGAACUGUGUGUAGCCAUAAUGUUUCUUGGGGUUUGGUGAAAACAACUUCCUUUUUCUUUGUGAUAAAAUGUAUUAUAUUGCCUUAUUUAUUUUUAAUCUUGUACGAUAUUCAUGUACAAAUGUUAGAGCCAUUCGGAUGGGAUUCCCUCUAAAUUAUUUAUUUUAAGAUGCUCUGUAAAUAGUGCACCCAUCACAGGUGCUGCCUGUUCACUUGUACCAAAAAUGAGGAAAAGCUCUGCACCCACGCCAGCCCUGCUUGUGACGUCACAGCCCCUGGGAAAUGACCCUGUGUGUCCCCUUCUCAACCCUAGCAUGCCUCCCGUGCCUGACACUGUAGAGUAGAACACCGCCCAGAAUGCUUCCAGUGGGCCGUGCCAACCGGGCUGGUCCAGUCCUAGAGUAUCCGUACACGCAGGUGGAUGUCUCUCUCUCUCUCUCUCUCUCUCGCUCACACACACAUACAUACACAGCAACCCAGUUGCCAAGCCCGUGUUUAUCAGACUCUAAAGCCACCAGGGCUUCCAGACCCCUUCUGUCAUAGAAGCAAUAACCGUAACUUUACACUGCAGAGAGGAGUCCAAGUGGAACGGUAAUUCGGAAACUACGCGUUCGUGCACGUUUGCUGUGGGGGAUUGCACUCCUCAAGCCCCCACCUCUUCCUCGAGGCCCAGCUCUGGCUCCUCACUCAGUUAUUAGGGCCAAGCUCAGCAUCCUGGGCAGGUGAGCAGACAGCCAGUCAGCCACCAGUUCUGGGCUCAACACUGUCUCAGCAGAGACAGAGGUAGCAGCACCCAUCUGUCCCCAAGUCUGUGCCUAUCCUCCAAUCGCAGUGCUGGCCCCAUGUGACCCAGGGGUGGUAAGCAGUAUAGUUUGCUGCGGCAGCUAGAGAAUUCAAAGGGAAACAUUUCCAGGCUCACUUGUAUAUGCUGUUUAAAGAAAAUGAGGGCACCUUGACCAUUGCAGAUCUUGCUGUCACAGUCCUGGUGGGAGAAGAGCCCUUGGGACAGGACACCUGUCUUCUGUGGGUGAGGUUGUGGCCAGAAUGGCUGGAAACCCUGGCUAACAUGGCACAUCCAGGUCUCGGCUUGGCAGGAUGAAGCCAGGCUUCAGUGAUUCCCUGCUUCAUUUAUCUUUGCGUUGAAGGAGGCCUGUGAUAUAGUUCUGAGAGCAACAUGGUUAAAUGGCUUGCUUUUGCUGGCCGUUUUAGAAGGAAGUGGUCUGGAUUGGGGAAUCAUGGAGGUACUGAGGGUUGUGCUUGGUUCCUGCACCCUUCACCACCACCCCGUGGGAUGGGUCCUGGGAUUGCCUGAAUCUCAGGCAUCUUAUGCGGGGCCUGUGUACAAUAGGUAUUCAGGGUUCAUCAAGCAAGUGGUCACCUUUCAUCACAUACGUAACAGUGGCAGAAAAAGAAAGGGCACAUUUCAGUGUAUUGUAUGCCAGUGAGCAGCUAUCUGAGAAGGGGGUUGCCAAGGUGAUGUUGAUAGCUUACAAUCUGAAAAUGUGCAGGUCCCAUGGCUGCAUAUAUCCCCCAACACUGACUUGUUUAUUACGGUUUUGUAAUGGCUACAACUUAAAAAAAAUGUGUGCACGCAUGCGCACACCCCCUUUAACCUGCUCAGAAGAGACUGGAUUUUAAAAUGCUUGGUUUGGUAAAAGUUAAUAAAGUGUAAGUUCUGGAUGGGCAGCUUGUGGGGCACAGCUCUGGGUGAACACUGAAGCACUCUACCUCCAGCUGGGGUUGCUUUGAAUGGUCACACUGAGGUCUUGAGCCAGCAGUUCCAUAUUUCUAGGUAGAACCGCAGGCUUGGAAGUCAAUGGUUAAGAAAAAAAAAAUUUCUGUGGAAUUUUCAGGUUUGUAUUCAUGGCUCCUUAGGCUGAGCGUAGAGGAGCUCCCUGGGGUGGACUUAAGUUAGAUGCAGAGGACUGUUGGGUCAUGUGAAGAGAUUUAGCAGGCAGGAGGGCACAUCUAGUUGGCUUGGGCACAGAUAGUUAAUCUCUGCCUCUGGCGGAAGGAGGUCUUGUUCCAAGAAACGAGAUACCUGAACACCUGUUUUGCACAAGUCUGUUCUUUGGCACCGGAAAGGGAAUGUGGUCACAUGUCCACUGCUGACAGUGGAUAUGGAAAUGGGGUCUCUUCAGCUUUCAGUGUCUCCCAGCUCCUCUCUGCACAUUUGGUCAGGCAGCUGGAUGAAGCCAGAAGCACUGGGGCUGGAGCCCAGGUGGGAGGAGGUGGAAGGCGCAGGGCAUGGCCCCAGACUCCUCCUCCUGGAGGGCAGGAUGGGGAUAGAGCGGAAGGAGACUCUAAUGCCCGCUGCUCUGUGGAAGGAGCGUGUCUUCUGGAUAGUCUGAUCCUGCAUGCACGUAGCUGGGGCCUCUGGAGGGGCAGGUCCUGCUGCUAGCUGAUGGCAGCUGUACAGGGAGCUGGCUCUCUCCCACCUGGAGGCCAUAGGCUCUGAUGCUCUGGGGACCCACUGGGAGGAAGGUGUUUUAAGGCUCUGGAGCUGUCCAUUUUCACAGGGUCAGGUAACCACUAAGCACAACCCCAGACAAACACAUGGGAAGCAGUGGGUCAGGGACGAUGCUGGGAUCCUCCAGGGGUUGUUUUGCCUCAAGGAACCUGAGGGGACACUUUAAAAGUGUCUGAGGAUUAUCUGCCUUGUCCUCCUCUGUGUUCACACCUUAGUGAAGGCAAGACGAGUAGCAAUGUGAGAUUUUGAUGGUGCAUUCUGUAAAUUUCACAGAUCCAAUCAAUUUCAGAUGCCACAUUCUGUGGUGCUCUCUAAGCAACAUAUCAUCAUGCAAUGAGUAAGACAUUUGGUAUUUUUAAGAUUCCUUAAAAAUUUAACUCACUCUAUUUACUGUUCUGUUCACUAUGUUAAAAAAAAAACAACAAUUCCGCUAGCAGUUGUGCUUAGUUCUAAUCAAUGUGUAUGGUUGUGCACAUGGGUAUGCAUGUCUGUAAGCAAAAAAAAGGUUUUUGUUUUUUUUUUUUCCUGGGAUUAAGAUGAACUCAUGUAAGGAACAAAAUUAAAUUUAAACACUGUCAGCUUACUUUCAUGGCAUUUAGCAUUCCAGACAUCAAGAUAGUACCAGUCAUCCAGAUGGCCUCUGAGCCACUGUCCACCAACAACUGCCCAGUAUUUGGUUUCCUUCAGGAGGGCUCUCAUAUCAGCAACUCAGGUCUGGGUACACUGAGGCACUAAGUUGGUUCUGUUUCUUUUGUUUUAUUUGGUUUGGGGUUUUGGUAUGUGUGGAUCCCUAUGCAGAGAUCUCAGGGUGAAUGAAUAUCUGUCAGGAAUUUCCAAAGAAGAAACCGAGUGGCACCAACUUCGGGCACCACAGCCCCACUCCCCUCCCAGCUGCAGGAGCUCACUUGGUCAGGUCUGCCCACUUGGGUUAGCUGCUCUCUGUCUGAGUUAUGUGCUGGGAAGGCAAGAGGUCGCCUCCUUGGGCUGUGUUGUAUAAUUGGAUGGGAACAACUUCUUAAAAUUCAGAAAGCUGACCACAGUAGCCUGAUGACAUGUCCUCCAUCCUGACAGGUGUCAGUCAUGUUAAAUCUAGCUUCUCAUUCUUUGUGAAGUGAUUGAGUUUUCUUCUGGAGGCCUCCUGAUCUGCUGGGUUCUGCACUCAUAACUCCGAGGGCGGACAGUAUCUUCCUCCUGUGUGGUUAAAAGGUCUCCAACAGGUCUUUGGCGUGGGUAUAGAUUAAGACGCUUGUUACGAGUUCCCAGAUCUGGCUUUACAGUCCCUAGGCAUCUCUGUGUGCUUCAUUGCACUCCAUUAAAUAGCCUUUGGAGGAGGUGGUGCCACAAUUAUUCUUCUUGUCCACAGAUACUCUGAGACCCACAGAGGUUAAGGAUUUGCGCAUGGGAGAGGAAGGGCCAGGCCUCAACUCUGGAUCUUUCCUAUCUUAAGCCCUGUGCUUUCUAUGACAAGUAAGGGUAUCUUUGCUAAAAGUGAAAUCUGUAAGAAUUAGAAUGGUUUUGCUAGAGAUCCUCACUUGUUCACACAAUAAUGCUUACCAUAGUGUCAGGGACCCCACAGAGGCUGGUCCUGUCCUGUGGGUAAGGCUUGCUCUGACCCCAUCCUUGUAGGAUGCAGUCAUGUCAUCAUUGGCUCUGCAGUCCUUGACUACAUGUUGUUAAAUGAGAGCCAUGAUGGUCCUUUAAUAUUAGAGAUAACCAGGAAGAAAGUAAGGUGCUCUGAUUGAACAACUCCUAUUUUGUAUUGCCAUACUUGACAUUCCAAAACUUUUUUUUAGAAUAUAACUGUCAUAGAAUCUUCUUAAACAGAGAGGACAGUUACUGUUUUCUGUCAAGCCUCUCUGAUAUCAAGUAAGGACAGAGCCGUGACACACCUCCCAAACUACACACCGUUUCUGCACUAGCCAUCUAGGCUCUUGUUGCUGAUCUGGAGUUCCUUGAGCUCUGAGAAGGGUGCAGGUUGUAAUUACUGUUUCUGCGCUUAUCUUCAGUGCCGACACAUGCUGCCAACUGGUGCAGCAGUCAUUCGGGGUACCUUACCUUCCCAGGGAUCAAAAGGUAUUUGGAGGCAUUCCCCCAGGAGGAUACAGAAGGUUAACAAGAAAUUUCGAAGGAUGGUGGGAAAUUUGGCGAUCCUUCAAGUACAGGUGCCCAAUGCCUUCUGAGAGCUGGCUCCUGCUGACACUCGGCAGCAGGCACAUCCACAUCAUUUCCAGCCACUUAUUGAGAAUUAAUGUUUCAAGAGAGACGAUAUCUGUGACUAAUUCCUAAGAGAACUAUGGAACUUCUUGGACUUAAUAAAUUUGGAUUUGUGUGGGAUUGUUUGCAAGAACAGUUGCUCAGAAUGUCCAACCCACGGGCAGCUACCACCUGUGGCAAGUGCCAUGGGAAGUUGGCCCCAAAGCAGCCAGAACUUGUUUCUUUCCUCCCACCAGCAACCCCCACUCAACCCCAGGCCCUGGGCACAUGAAGCACAAGUCUCAGGGGACAAUGCCCAUGUUGUGGGGGGUCCCAAGGAAGCCCACAGCACCUCUUGCAUACACACUGGGAGUGUGGGCACAAUUGGCCACCUGGAGCACACAUGUCCAGGGCAGAGGGGCCCACUCUGUUGCCUUCGUCCCUCUAAACAUAGAGUAUAUGCAAGCCAUCUGCACUCUGGAAUUGCAUGCAGUGAAAUUCCCAAUUGUGUGCACCUACGUUUUAAUCUGAGAUCACACAACCACAGCAUGCACAAAGGGACAGGCCUUGGCUUGUCCCCCAGAUCCACACACCUGCUUGCUGGGAGCAGAGCACCCCUAAGCCAGGGACAGACCUGUGGAAUCUGAGCUUUGCAUAACUCUGGCGCUUAGUACACACCGCGUCCUUUCAGCUGAAGCCCCCUUCCCACCAUCCUUGAACUUAAGCCAAUUGCACACAACUCACACAAAGGGAGAUGUCAUUCCAAUCAUCUGUCGUGCCAGCAGCAAUUCCAUUUUGAUUUAAGGUAAGCCCAAAGCCCAAGAAAAGGCCUCUAAGCACUGUUUAUUAAGGCCUGACUAUUAAAGUGUUAUAUCCUUUAGUGGGACAGAGGGUAGCGUGGGCAAGGGGUUCAUUUUUCCACAGGUAAACUCACCCCAUGCUUCUGAGAACACAGUGACUAUAUUCAAAAUCACAGUGACUCAAUCUCACUGGGUAACUUCUCACGAUAGAUUUGUAUAAUCAAUACGGGUCUAUUUUUAUGCCAACUGAACACUGUAGAGCACCUUCCAGUCUUUUUCAAGAUUGUUAAAUUGAGACAAGUAAUUGAAUAAUUUGUCCUAUUUUUAUUUUAAAAAAGUGAGUGGACUGAAAUGUUAAAUGUGAAUGUACAUUUCUUAAUUGCAACUUUUCUACUGAGUGUUUGCACUAUACUUUCUGGAGUCUUAUCUAUCAAAAAUAAAGGAAAAGAAUUGCUUGACUAAA